AUGGCCGCUCCCGGCCGGCUUCCAGCGCUUCAAGAGCCGCUGCUGGGUCCGGAUGCGACGCCCGGCCCCGCCAACCUGCGCAGUCGGGCGGCAGCGGCGCCCCGCCUGGCCGCCCGCCGCCGUGCUGCCAGUCACGGAGCUGUCGAGUCGUUGGAUUACGAAACCGUGGUGUCUGCACUAUACAUCCAGAAGCAGGCGCAGCCAGGCGAACGGCGGCACCUGUAUGGCUACUCUGGGUCCACGCUCACCAAGCUGAUUGCCACCUUCCUGUCGGGCAUCCUCAUCGGCCUCACAGCCACGGCGCUGCAGGCCCUGGUGGACCUCGUGUGCACACACCGCAACCGGCUGCUGGAUGCGCUGCGCCGGGGCGGCGGCGUCCCGCUGCACGGCGCGCUGGCCGCGCUGCAGGGGCUGCCGCUGGUGUUUGGCGCCAUGCUGGCCAUCAGCCUGUCUGCCGUGCUUGCCUCCACGCUGGCCGUGCACUGCUGGGCGCCCAGGGCCAGCGGCGGCGGCGUGGCGCUGGUCAUGGCCCUGCUCAACGGCAACGCCAUUGCCGGCCUGCUCAGCGUCAAGGUGUACGUGGCCAAGCUGCUGGGCACCGCAGCCUCGCGCCUGGCCGGGCUGGCGCUGGGGGUGGAGGGCCCCAUGAUCCACCUGGGAUCAGCCGUGGCCUCGCUGGUGUGCCAUGGCGAGCAUGUGCUGUACCGGAGGCUCAACCUGCAUCGCAGGGCCGCUGGUGGCAAGCUGGAGCAGGCGGCGGCGGCGUUGGGCAUGGCGCCCAGCGCCGCCGAGGACUUUCUGUUCUCCAACUCAGACCAUCGGGAGCUGGUGUCAGCCGGCGCGGCUGCGGGGCUGGCCGCCGCCUUUGGGGCACCCAUCGGAGGUGUGCUGUUUGCCCUGGAGGAGGCAACGAGCGUGUGGAGCCGCAAGCUGGCGUGGCGCUGCUUCCUGUCGCAGAGCGGCAUGCUGAGCUUCCGGGGCAUCAACCCGCUGACCAAUUUGGAGUGGCUGAUCCAGAUGCCGCUCCUGGUGUUUGUCAGUGCGUGCGGCGGGCUCCUCGGAUCAGCCUUCAACAUCGGCAAGCGGCGUGUGCUCUUCUGGCGGCGCGGGCACCCCGGCAUCAGCUGGCGGCUGCUGGAGGGGGCAGCGGUGGCAGCAAUCACGGCAGCUGCCCUGACCGGGCUGCCCGCAGCUGUCGGCACCUGCCUCGACAUCCCAGAGCAGUGGGAUGCGGCGGACUGCAUGCAGUACGGCUGCCCAGAUGGGCAGUACAACGACCUCGCCACCGGCCUGCUGUCCAGCUCCGUCUGGACCAUCCGCACCCUCCUCAGUAUGGGCAGCGAUGCAGAGCCUGUGAACAACCGGCUGUGCAGCCUGGCCACCCCCUGCUACUACACUGUCCCUUCACUGGCGGUGCUGGUGGUGGCAUACCUGGCCCUCUUCUUGGCAGCAAGCAACCUUAUCGUCCCCGGCGGCCUGUUCAUGCCCUGCAUCCUCAUCGGCAGCGCCUUUGGUGUGCUGCUGGGGCUGCUGGGGCUGGAGGUGCUGCCGUCCUGGUGGGACGUGCAGCCGGGGGUGUAUGCCGUGGUGUGCGCCACCGCCAUGCUGGGAGCCGUCUUCCGCAGCAGUAUUUCGCUCGUUGUAAUAGUGAUUGAGGGGACCAAGGGCAUAGACCUUCUGUUUGGAGUGAUCCUGGCUACCAUCAUCUCCAACUUGGUGGCCCACCACCUGCACCCAGACGGGCUGUAUGAAGCGGAGCUGGACACCAAGGACGGAAGCUGCUACUACCUGCGACAGGAGCCGCCGCAUGCGCUGCGCAGCCAGACGGCAGAGUCGGUGAUGGCCAGCCCAGUGGUGGGGCUGGCCCCUGUCGAGCGCGUCAGCACCGUGCUCGCCGUGCUGCGCAGCACCACCCACAACGGCUUCCCGGUGCUGGUGGCCGGCAAGCAGCAGCACCUGCUGCCGCCCGAUGGCGCAGCCGGCGCGGGCCGCUCCUUUGGCAGGAUGCAGGGCUUUGUGCUGCGCAGCCAGCUGCUAGUGCUGCUGCGCCACGGCGCCUUUUGCGACGAGCGCGGCCGCUACCUGAGCCACCUGGCCCGCCACAACGCGGCCGCUUUCGAGGAGGCCCUUGGCAACGAGAUGCAGGGGGCGGCGCAGGCGGGGUUGGGCGCCUACCGCAGCGCCGCGGCGGCGGGUCCCAGCUGCCUGGGCCUGCUGGGGCCCGCCACCAGCCUGGGCAUCGGCGGGGGCAGCUUCCCCUCCCUGGAUGCCAGCAGGGGGGCAGCGGCCAUGCCAGAGUCUGCGGUGCUCGACUCGGCGGCCGAUGCGGUGGCUGCGGAGCUGGAGGGCGGCCGGACGGCCCUCCUCAACCUGGCCCCCUUCAUGAACCUGGCGCCCACCACAGUGCGGCCGCACACGCCCGCCGACCGUGUGCAUCACCUCUUCCUGGCCCUCUCCCUGCGCCACCUGUGCGUGGUGGACUGGCAGAGCCGCUGCCUGGGCAUCAUCACCCGCAAAGACCUGGACCAUGCGGCGGGCAGCGGGUGGUGGAGGGCCACCGACAUUGCACCCUCCCCGCACCAGCUGCCGCCCGGCGGGGCAGACAGUGGCUAUGAGGCAGAGGGCGGCAGCCCACAGGCUGGCUGGGCGGGCAGCUUUGUGCGGUCGCUGGGCGUGCCGCCUCGCCGCGUGAUAGAAGCGCUGCAGCAGCGUUUCAGCAUGAGCCCGCAGGCGCGCUCGUUGCUGCAAGCAGAUGCCCCGCCGGGGGAGGCGGGCGGCACGCCGCCGCGGCCGCCGCUCCCGGGCGGCAGGACUGCGGCGGGCACUGCCGAUGGUGCCGACGGUGGCAGCCUGCUGCGGCAUUCCGUUUCGGAGCCCGCACGGGUGUGGGACAGGCUGAGCCAGGCGGCAGCCGACGGCGACUCGCCGCAACCUGGUGAUGUGGAGCGGCAGUGA